AUGUCGUCCGCGACCACGACAUUGCGGAUUGCAAAGGAAUUGGCAAAUAUUCAGAAAAGUCCAGAUCAAGGAAUAUAUGUAUACUUUGACGAAAAAAACCUGAUGCGUGCGCAGGCACUUAUACUAGGCCCUCUCGACACUCCCUACGAAUACGGCCUUUUCGAAUUCAAAAUGUCCUUUCCUGAAGGGUAUCCCUCAAAGCCGCCGUGCGUGAGCGCGCUGACUACCAACGAUGGAUGGACGCGGUUUAAUCCAAACAUAUACGCGAAUGGCAAAGUGUGUCUCUCAAUCCUAGGGACGUGGAGAGGCGAGGCAGGCGAGCAGUGGUCGUCAGCGCAGGGGAUCGAGUCCGUGCUGAUGUCGAUCCAGAGCCUGAUGUGCUCCAACCCGUUCGAGAACGAGCCCGGUUUCGGCCCCGGGAGUGAGCGGGAGUCGCUUCACCGUGACAAGGCGCAGCAGUAUAUUCAAAAGAUUCAACACGAGACACUCAGGAUUUCUGUAAUCAAGCGACUGGAAGAAUCGCUGCAUAUUUCAUCCGUGACCGGGAAGGUUAAAAAGACACCAGAGAACGAGCAACCAGAGGACGUGCCCGCAGACGUGCCGUUCAAAGACCUCUGCAAACGCCUCUUCCGCUACUACUACCCGUCCUACAUGCGCACGAUCGCGCGCGAAAAGCAAUCCAUCAAAGACAACACCUUUUUCGAAACAAUGCCGUUCGAGGGCCCAGACAACGAAAUGAAGGGCUCGUUCGACUACGCCGACCUCGAGCGACGCAUGCACGCCAUCACCGCCGCGCUCGACAAGGAAACAGAGCACUGGGCAACCGAGGGCGCCGAGGCCGUCCGCAACCACGACGCGGCCGCGUCGAUGCUCAGCGGCAUGUAUUCCCAGAUCGCGGGGUACCUCGUGCGAACAUACGACGGCACGGUGACGCUCGAGCUCGUGGAUGAUAACCCGUUUGUCUGGAGGAUUAUCUAUUUCGGGCGGCCGACGACGAGCCUUGACGGCGCGCUGUUCCGCAUCAAACUUGCGUUCUCGGUCAGGUUUCCUGAGGAGCAACCUAGAGCUGUCUACGAGACUCCCAUAUACCACCUAAAUAUCACCCCAAGCGGAAUACCAUACUACCGCCCCUCAAAACCCGAAGACCCACAGUCCCACAUCGAAGCCCUGAUCGCAAGUCUAGAGAACGACAAGCUCUCGCCAGAUCCGCGCACGUGGAUGAACCUCGACGCCGCAGAACUGUACUUUGGCUCUGACGCGCAAAAGAAAGAGUACCGCAGGACCUUCAGACGCGCCGUCAUGCGUUCUGCAGAGUAUUAA